GUUCGCCGUGAAAAUACGAAUAUUCACUCACACUCACACUUAAAACAUGCCGCGAACACUCACUCGACUUACACACUCGUACAAACACAGAACAGUGCUGAAUUUGAGAAAUCAUCUCUCAUUAUUCGCACAGUUUGUGCGAUUUGGACAUGGCUGCGGAACAGAAAAUUGCUGCCGCCAACGGAAAAGGGGGAAAUUCGACCAACGAAAACAAAAUCUCCUGCAGGGACUGGAAAAACCGAGGAACGAGGUCCCAGCUACAAACAUCGUCGGCAAUGGCCAACGAAAGUAAAAAGUGAUCAGAAAGCAUACCAAUCUGACCAAACACCCAAGCAACAGCUUGAAUCCAACAAUCACCACAAAAAUAUGGCAUUUAUAGCAGAAAAUCAGGAACCCAACAAAUACAGUCAACUCAGCCAAAGCACACCAAUAGGAUACAAGGUCGGGCGCAAUAAUAGUGGUAACGACAAUGUUAUCGCAAAGAGGCUGAAAGUGAUAACUGGCAACCAGCCUAACCCCACCGACAAAGGCCAACAAACAGGAAAACUAGCAAUUGAAUAG